CUGGACAGAAACAUGGAAGAAAUGACCACCAAUGGAGAGUUUCUGAGCAAGGAUACAACCAUACCAGCUUUGAAGACAGAAGUCCCAAACAUUAGUGAAGAUGGACAUCUCCAUGGACCUUGUGCCUUGGAGGAGCUGAUUCUUAACUCACUGACUUUCAUUGUGGCUGUGGUUGGAAUGGCAGGAAAUGCAGCUGUGCUCUGGCUCCUGGGCUUCCGGAUGCGCAGAAAAGCCAUCUCCGUCUACAUCUUAAAUCUGGCCGCCGCUGACUUCCUCUUCCUCUGCUUCAACUUUUUAAAUUCGAUACAAGACAUCACAAGCCUUAUAACUCAUAUCCACAGCCAUCUCUUUAAUUUCUUCUCCUCUGGGUUCUUCUGUUCUUAUACUGCAAGCCUGAGCUUUCUCAGUGCUAUUAGCCUGGAGCGCUGCCUGUCUGUAGUGUGUCCUAUCUGGUACCGCUGCCGCCGCCCAAGACACACAUCGAUAUUUGUGUGUCUGCUUAUCUGGGCACUGUCCCUGUUGCUGACCAUUUUAAGAAGUUAUCACUGCAUUGUCAUGAAUAGUCUUCAUCUUAGUAAUUGGUGUCUAAGAAUGCACUCUUUCUCUGCUGGAUACCUGACUCUCUUACUUGUGGCUCUCUCAGGGUCCAGUCUGGCUAUAAUAAUUAAGAUGUUCUGUGGCUCUGGACGGAUGCCAAUGACCAGGUUGUAUGUGACCGUCCUGCUCACAGUGCUGGUCUUCAUCUUCUGUGGUCUGCCCUAUGGCAUCCGCUACUCUCUAAAAAAUUGGUUUUAUGUUAAUGACCAAAAUAUCUCCUGCUUCUUUUUUCUGCUCUUGUUUUUCCUCUCCUGUGUUAACAGCUGUGCCAACCCCAUCAUUUACUUCUUUGUAGGCUCCUUUAGGCAGCAGCGGCGAAAGACUCUCAAAUGGUUCCUCCAGAGGGCUCUUCAGGACACGACUGAUGAUGAGUGUGUAGGUAGUGUUUCUCGGGGGGCCCUGGAGAUGUCAGGAAACAAGGAAGCAGAGAAGAGCAGUGAUGACCAGCUUCUGUCUUGGUCUUGAGAUGUGGAUUUGCAAGUUAACCUGACUAUGGCUCCAUGGACUGAUUUUUGCUCUUCUCUAAGCUUCCUGUCUCAUGAUGCCUCGGUGGCUUCAAAUGGAUGAAUUUUAACUAAGGCCAUGUAGGUUUUUCUCUGAGACAGCAUUCUUCUGAAGCAGAGUGUCACUCAAUAGAAUA